CCAUCUUGGAGCAUUACACGAGGCCGGAGAGGAAGAGGAAAAUUUGGUUAUUGAACCUGUUGCUGAGGGGGAUAAACAGCUAUGCCCACCUCACAACCUCUGCCACCCAAGGAAAAUGCUCUUUUUAAGAAGAUUUUGAGAUGCUACGAGCAAAAACAGUACAAAAAUGGCCUAAAACAUGCCAAGCAGAUUCUAACGAAUCCCAAAUAUGCAGAUCARGGAGAAACUCUUGCCAUGAAAGGGUUGACUUUAAACUGUCUUGGUCGUAAAGAUGAGGCAUAUGAUCAUGUACGAAAGGGCUUGAAAAGUGAUCUCAAAAGCCAUGUUUGCUGGCAUGUGUAUGGCUUACUUCAGCGUUCUGAUAGGAAAUAUGARGAGGCAAUCAAAUGUUAUAGAAAUGCACUCAAGUGGGAAAAGGAAAACAUUCAAAUUCUAAGGGACUUAUCUCUGUUGCAAAUUCAAAUGAGAGAUCUUGAUGGCUAUCGAGAGACAAGGUACCAACUUCUAGUACUGCGUCCAGGCCAGAGAGCCUCCUGGAUUGGAUAUGCUAUAUCAUAUCACCUGUUAAAAGACUAUGACAUGGCUUUUAAGAUCCUGGAAGAGUACAGGAAAACUUUAAAUAUGUCACCCUCAAAAGUAGACAUUGAACACAGUGAACUUCUUCUUUACCAAAACAUGGUGCUAAGAGAAUCUGGACAGUUGAAUGAAGCUUUAAAAUAUUUAGAAGAAUAUGACCAACUUAUAUGCGAUAAGUUGUCUCUUAAAGAGAUAAAAGGUGAAUUGUUGAUGAAGCUAGGAGACUUAACCCAAGCUGAAGGGAUUUAUAGAGAUUUGAUCAAAAGAAAUCCAGAAAAUCAUCAAUACUACAAACAACUGGAAAUGGUUCUCAAGUUAGACAACCCAGAUGAUAGACUUAAUAUGUAUGUUGGAUAUGCAGCACUAUAUCCUAAAGCAACCACCCCAAAAAGACUACCACUUAACUUUACUGAAGGUGAAACAUUUGCUAAUUUGCUUGAUGUUUACAUGAAACGAGCACUACAUAAAGGUGUUCCCCCACUUUUUAAUGACCUCAGAGCRUUGUAUUCACAAAAAGACAAAGCAAGAAUUAUUGGUGAAACAGCUUAUACGUACCUUGAAAAUCUUGAGAAAUGUGGAUCAUUUACUGAAGGUGGAGAGAAAGAGCCACCAACGGCUAAGCUCUGGACUUUGUACUUUCUUGCUCAGCACUAUGAUCACUUAGGAAACACAACCAAAGCUAUGGAAUACAUAGAUAUUGCAAUUGAACAUACACCAACCCUUAUAGAAUUAUACAUGGUUAAAGGCAGAAUAUACAAGCAUGCAGGUGAUAUAGCCAAGGCUGCAGAAUUCAUGGAUGAGGCACGUUCAUUAGACACAGCAGAUCGAUAUGUGAAUUGUAAAUGUGCCAAAUACCAACUUCAAGCAAACCAAGUGCAGAGGGCUGAGGACACUUGUGCUAUGUUUACAAGGGAUGGAUUUCAAGCUGCUGAGAAUCUCAAUGAAAUGCAAUGUAUGUGGUACCAGACAGAGUGUGGCUAUGCUUAUCAAAGGCUGGGCAAGUARGGAGAAGCUCUCAAAAAAGCUCAUGAAAUAGAAAAACAUUUUGAAGAGAUCACUGAAGACCAGUUUGACUUCCAUACCUACUGUAUGAGAAAGAUGACACUUUGUUCUUAUGUCAAGUUAUUGAGACUUGAGGAUGUUUUGAGAAGUCAUAAAUUUUAUUUCAAAGCGGCCAAAAUGGCUAUUGAGUGUUACCUACGGUUACAUGAUAAACCUUUGACUGAAAGRGACCAAGAUGAUAACUUAAGCAACAGCAACCUGUCAGCUAAAGAACUCAAGAAACUGAAAAGCAAACAAAGAAGAGCUGAAAAGAAGGCACAAAGACAGGACAACACCAAAGCAAAUGAAGUUAAAGACAACAAAGAUGGAGAGAAGAAAAGUGAGGGAGCUAAGGAAUCAAGCCUGGAUCCAGAUGCCUUAGCAAGAGUAACCGAUCCCCUGGACCAAGCUUUAAGGUUUUUAAAGCCUCUUCAAAGUUUGGCUGCAAAUCUCAUUGAGACUCAUUUGAUGGCAUAUGAAGUGUAUUCCAGAAAAGGCAAGCUUUUACUGAUGCUGCAGUCUAUAAAGAGAGCCCUGCGUAUAGACCCUGAUAAUCCUAAAUUACAUGAAUGUAUAGUCAAGUUUUCUAGGAAAGUUACAGACACAAGAGAUGURAAAGAGCCCGUUGCUAAGGUGAUAAAGCAGGAACUCAGCUCUGUUGUUGGAGAGCAAAGCAUCACCGAAUUCAACAGUAAAUUCAUUGAAAGGGGAACCAAUUCGAUUUUGAAAAGAUUAGCAGGUGGUAAGAUGAUGUACUUUUUGGAUUCAAGUCGAAAAGAUGAAGCUCUUGGUUUAGUAACGGAUUUAUCUGAAAACCUCGYGGAUAGAAGUUUAAAGAAUUGCACCCUAGUUUUCAACACCAUAGUAGAAGAAGAAUUUGGAAAAUGUGAAGCUGUGGCUCAGAAAUAUCGCUGCAGCUGCCACCAGUUAUUCAAUCUAGCAACCACGUUUAUUGGUGAAGAACCAAAACUUAACGGCCUUGAAAAACAGGAUGAACCUAUGUGCGAUGGAGUGGCAUAAAUGUGUGUGAUUCYAUUCAAUCAAAAUAACGACUAUGCAACCGUUGAACCUGGGAAACUGAUAGUUUUCAAGAGACUGAACACGACUAUCCUCCAACAAAGUUGCAUCUUCAGAACGGUACCAGUGAAACAAUUUUAGUGGAGAAGUUCUGUGGUGUUUUUCCCGGAAAAUUGAAGACCACAAUUAUCAUGUUUGUCAGUGGACUUUUCACAGGUUUCAUUUGAAGUCAUUGAUUCCAAUCAAACAGCAAUAGAGAAAGGGACUAUUGUCGACUCAUUUUAUUUGCACAAACAUUCGUCUUUGCUUUUGGUAGCCACCUGAUUAGUGAUGGUCUUUUGAAAUGGUCUUAAGUUGUUAUCUAUAAAAACAAUAAUCGCAAAUGUCACUGUUAUAAAUAUUGAAGUACUGGGAAACAAAGGAUGCUUGUUGUAUGAAAUACGUUAUAAGAUAGUUACAUUUCAUAUGAAUUCUGCAUAAAACUCGAACGCGCUGUUCAUCCUUGUCAAUAAUGUUCCAAACUAUGAAUGGUACCAAAGCCAAAAUUUAGUCAUAUUUUUGAUGUUUAUAUUAAAAAAAAUCAGGUGAAAUCUUGGACUUCGUAAAGUAACGACAAGCAUCCUCUCUUUUCUCAACAUCGUGUCAAGGUACAAAUAUUUUAUCUCAAAUAAAUCAAAUCAGAUUCUUUCUCGCAAUAAAAAUUCAAGGCCAUCUUAACAAACUCGUAAUAAAUGAGAUUUGUGCUCUGCAAGCACUGCUUU